CGCGCUCCAGCUCCUCGUAGCCGCCCUCGCUGAGGUUGUAGCGCGCCCGCAGCUCCAGCUGCCGCAGCUCCAGCCGCUGUCGCUCGAUCAUCUCCGGCUCCGACUCCAGCGCGUCGAACACCGCGGCGCCCACCAGCAGAGCCUCUGCAUCCCCACACUUGAAGCAGGGACAGAGGGUGGACUCAGCCAUUACUGAGAUCUCAGGCAGACCAACAGGGGCAGAAGGUGGAAUGCUGGUCACCAUAGCAACUCAAUCAACGGACUUGCACCAGCUGCUGAGCCCUUGGGACAGAAGUUCCACUGCUGGCAGGAGGAGAGUGGUUUGUCAUGGGGCAGUGUUUGAGGUACCAGAUGCAGUGGGAGGACCUGGAAGAGUACCAGGCUCUGACCUUCCUAACAAGGAAUGAGAUUUUGUGCAUCCACGACACCUUCCUGAAGCUCUGCCCUUCAGGCAAGCACUAUAAGGAGGCCACACUGACUAUGGACCAAGUCAGCUCUCUUCCUGCUCUGAGGGUCAACCCUUUCAGAGAUCGCAUCUGCAGGGUAUUCUCCCAUGACGGCGUGUUCUCCUUUGAAGAUGUGCUGGGCAUGGCGUCAGUGUUCAGUGAGCAGGCCUGCCCCAGCCUGAAGAUUGAAUAUGCCUUUCGCAUCUAUGAUUUUAAUGAGAAUGGCUUCAUUGAUGAGGAAGACCUCCAGAAAAUUGUGCUAAGACUGCUGAACAGUGAUGAUGUGUCUGAGGACCUGCUGAUGGACAUCACCCACCACGUCCUGAGUGAGUCAGAUCUGGACAAUGACAGCAUGCUGUCCUUCUCAGAGUUUGAACAUGCAAUGGCCAAAUCUCCAGAUUUCAUGAACUCCUUCCGGAUUCAUUUCUGGGGAUGUUGA